CCAAACAAAACAAAAGAAAAAUCAAAUCUUCAAUCAAUCAAAAACCCCAUAUAUAAAACGUUCUCUAUCUUAAGCACCACACCAAGAUAUAUCACGAACCUUCCUGUUUACCCCCUUCUUGCCUACAAUCGAAGGAACUCGCCCUUUAUUAUCUCAUCUUUCUUUUCGAUUAUCAUCAAACCCUAGUUGAUUUAAGGGUUUUUCUGCUUUUGGGUAACUUGAUUUUGGGUCUCAGUUGAUCUUGUUUCGCUGGAUGGCUUCUGGAUCUUCAAAAGGGUUUGAUUUUGCAUCAGACGAUAUUCUUUGUUCAUACGAAGAUUACGCUAAUCAAGAAGGUUCUAACGGAAAUCACUCUGAUUCCGCGAUCGUCACUAAUCCCGCUAAACAGGAAUUCCACAAAAGCAGAAUGGCAAGAACAUCGGUAUUCCCUGGUUCUUCAUACAGUCCACCUGAUGAUUCUGGCAACCAAGAAGUGCUUAUUUCAGCUGUCGAGAGGUCUAUGAAGAAACAUACAGACAAUCUUAUGCGUUUUCUUGAGGGGCUUAGUUCACGUCUAUCACAACUCGAGCUUUAUUGCUACAAUCUUGAUAAAUCAAUUGGGGAAAUGCGCUCUGAUUUGACACGUGAUCAUGGUGAAUCCGAAGUUAAGCUUAAGUUUCUCGAAAAACAUCUUCAAGAGGUACACAGAUCGGUACAAAUUUUGAGAGAUAAACAAGAACUUGCGGAUACCCAAAAGGAACUAGCGAAACUUCAACUUGCACACAAAGAAUCAUCAUCAAGUCAUAACUCACAACAAAAUGAGGAACGAUCUUCAACACCCGAUACUAAAAAAACCGAAAAUUUACCCGACCCACAAAGUCAACAAUUAGCCCUAGCCCUACCCAGUCAGGUAGCUCCACCCCAACCUGCACCACAACCACAACCACAGGGCUAUUAUCUACCUCCAGCCCCCACUCCCACUCCCACGGCCCAAUAUAUGCACCCUCAAGUACCACAACCACAGUCACAACCACAACCACAGUAUCAGCCACAACAACAGUCACAGUUACAACCACAGCCACAGUAUCAACCACAACCACAAUGGGCCCAGGUACAGGUACAACCUGGGUCUGGGUCCAGACCGUCAUCACCUCAAGUCUACCCGCAGUACCACAAUGCUGGCCCCAUUGAACCACUCCCGCAAAGUAUGCCUUACACCGGUGGCCCUGGCGGUCCACCGCCCGGCUCUAGCCAAGCCAUGACAUACGCGUACGGUGGACCUGUCCAAACGCCGCCGCCGCCACCUCAGCCACAGCAACCACCGCAGCAUCUGAAGCCCGCGUUCGGAGGAACGCCAGGCGACGGGUAUGCCGCCGGUGGGCCGCCGCCGCCUGGCUACAUGAUGUAUGAUGGUGAACCGGGAAGGGUCCCACAUCCUCAACAACAACAUUCAAACCAAAUUGGUCAUUUCCCGCAACCCGGUUAUUCUCAAAACCCGCAGCAAGUUAUGCGUCCUACACAACGGUUUACACCAAAUCAUCCGUACAAUGAAGUGGUGGAGAAGUUGGUAAGCAUGGGGUAUAGGGGUGACCAUGUUAUGAGUGUGAUUCAGAGGUUGGAUGAAACCGGGCAGACGGUUGAUUUUAAUGCGGUGCUUGACCGGUUGAACGGUCACUCCUCGGGCGGAUCGAGAGGGUGGUCCGGGUAAAAAAAAAAACUGGGUGGAUCCGGUUUGAUCAUUUGUGAAUUCCAUGACGUGUCACUUGUGUGUGUGUUUUGGGUUUAGGGUUUAAAUUAUCUAUUUAUGUUUUUGAAUAAAUUUCAAUGUGAUGGUUGUGGUGAUAUGCACAUAUGGACAGGGGGAGAUAUUUUUAGUUUGUAAUCUCUCUGUCGCAGUAUUUAUGUUUGUGGUACGUUAAUUUGCUAUAGAGGAUGCUAGUUACGUGUUUCGUGAG